UACGAAAGGAAAAAUAUAUGUAUAUAUAUUCUUAUAUGUUAUUAAUCUUAUUUCUGUUUCCCGUUGUUCGUGAUUGGUAAAACAGCACCGGAAACAGAAUGUCUACGUAUUUUUUUUUUUGUUUACUGUAGCCAGCUGGAAUGCUAGCUAAGUAAGCUAUGCUCGGAUUGGCAUGAAUUGAGAAAUUUGGUAUACUUUUAUUCAAGAAGUGUAUUUAGGUUUCUUCGGGGAGAACAUUGCGUAUUUGCUUUGCCGCAGUAUCGCGUGAAGUGAAGAUGAUCGAGGUUGUGGCCUCUAUGGCCCGAGGCUCAGUGUUUCUGGCCGGGGAGCUCAUGGAGUGUCUUGUAACUUUCACCAACCCGAUGUCUCAUCUUUCCACCUCGGCGAGCAGUGAGAUGCUGGCAUGGGCCAGUGCCCAGAUCCACUGUCAGUUUCAUGCAAGUGAGAACAGAGUAGCCUUGCCGGCUCAGGGCAACAAACAGGAUGUCCAGGCUGAGAGCGAGACUGUGCUCAUCCCAAGCAGAGGAGAACGAGGGCAGUGUGUGCUGGACACUCCUCCUAAGAUAUUAUUCUGCGACCUGCGCCUGGACCCUGGAGAGAGUAAAACAUACUCCUACAGUGAGGUUGUUCCCAUUGAUGGGCCUCCCAGUUUCCGUGGUCAGGCGGUGAAGUACGUCUACAAACUGACCAUUGGCUGUCAAAGGGUCAACUCGCCCAUCAAGCUACUUCGUGUUCCCUUUAGAGUGUUGGUUCUGCAAGGCAUGCCAGAGCCUCCAUUUCCCCAGGAUGAAGAGGUUUGCCCCUCCAACCCUUUCCUGGAGGAAGAGGAAGUGAGCCGCAGGGACUCUCGGCCUUUGGAGAGAGCACUGGACAUGUUAAUGGUCACCACCUCGAGGCGCUACCCCCAUAUGUUUAAUAUCACCAACAUGCGUGGGAAAGUAGCAAAGUUCUGCAUCUUUAAGACUGUUUACAGACUCGGGGAGGACAUCAUCGGCACGUUUAACUUUUCAGAGGGAGACAUUCCCUGCCUGCAGUAUUCAGUGAGCCUUCAGAGUGAGGAGGAGAUCCAGCAGCAGUACCAGCGUAGACCAGGACAAACUCCCAGUGUGACUGGACACGGGCGACAUCUGGAGUCUUGCCUCCACACGGCCUUCAGCCACUUCUCUCUUCCCAUACCCCUGAAUGUCACGCCGGGUUUCAGCAGAGACAUUGUGACCCUGAGGUGGCGCCUGCACUUUGAAUUCGUUACUGCCCGGGAGCCUAUGGAACCGCCCACUGUCCUGCAGAACCAAUCAGAGGUCACAGUGUGGGCUGGGGCGGAGCAUGUGGAUGUGGACACCUUCAGCUGGAAUCUACCGAUCAAAGUCCUGCCCACCAACCCGGCUUUGGCUUCCUACGUGUCCCAGUUUACAGGGACCAACACCAUUACCAUUUAACGUGUGUGUGUGUGUGUGUGUGUGUGUGUGUGUGUGUGAGAGAGAGAUGUAGAUGCACAUUUCAAGAACAAAGACUCUCCUCCGAUGGUUAAUCAGAGCUUUUUCUUUCAUCUGGAGCAAAACGCUCAAUCAAGAUGUAAGAGAAAAUUAAAAGCGUGACUUAAA